GGGUAGAGGCGGUGCGGUGGCUGUUCUUGUCCUCAUGCCGGCCCCUCGUGUGCCACCUGCACCGCACCAUGGCGUCCGGUGACCUCCCAGCCUUGCUUCCGCUCAAACCCCAUGCGUCUGCUGCUGCUGCUGCUGCUUCUGGUUUCAACUACCUGCUGCCGUCGUUCCUCCAUCCAGUGUCACACCUCGUUGUAAGAACAGCACAGCAGCAGGCCGUUCUCCUCUCCGCCCCAUCCCCCCCCGUCCGUCAGCUCGUCCGCCGCCUCUCCUCGCUCCUCUCCUCCCUCUUCCUCCCCCACUCACACCCCCUCCCCUCUUUCACGGGUUGCUACAGGGAGCACUGUGCAGCGCUGAGGCGCCUCUUCCUCUCCCACCACUCCAACCUACCCUCUGCUCUCCUGCACGCCCUGCACUCUGUGGCUGCCUCCCCUCCCUCGCCUCCUCCGCCUCCUCCGCCACCUCCUCCUCCCCAUCCCCCCUCCAUGCCUUCAUCGCGCCCUCCUCCCUCGCCUCCUCCUGCUCCUCUUUAUCACCGUCGCCCGCUCACCCAGCAUCAGCAGUGCCGGGACUGCUGGGAGUGGGCAGUACCAGCAAGAGGCUGACGUGGAGCCCGUUGUCUGCCCACCGUGAG